AUGCAGGGGCCUCUGCAUACGAUCGGGGCAGCUACAGUAGCGGCACCGUUCAAGCCCGCCGAAAAGCCACUAGAAAGAAACGGAACCCAAAUGAAUUCGUCGACGAGAUCUUCCAGUCCCCUCGAUAGACCUGCGGCAAACGCUAGUCCGCAGGACAAAGAUCGAGCUACCUAUCUUCAACAACUAAUCAAAGACCAGAAAACUUGCCUUAAUUACCCUAAUGUCUUUCAUCACGUGGAAAGAUUAUUGGCCGAUGAAAUCGUCAAAGUCCGAAGCGUGCUAUUCCAAAACAACACAAAACCUCUCGAACUGCCGACUCCAACUGGGAAGACUGUAACUCUUUCGAAAAAAGUCUUUGUUCCGGCAAAAGAUUAUCCAGACUACAACUUUGUGGGGCGAAUACUUGGGCCAAGAGGACUAACCGCCAAACAACUCGAGCAAGAGACGGGUUGUAAGAUCAUGGUGCGCGGAAAGGGCUCGAUGAGGGACAAGAAAAAGGAGGAGCAAAACAAGGGCAGGCCAAACUGGGAACAUUUGAAUGAAGAACUCCAUGUUUUAAUCACCGUUGAAGAUUCCGAAAACAGAGCUGAAGUCAAAUUACAAAGAGCGACGCAAGAAAUUGAAAAGCUCCUAGUUCCACAGUCCGAAGGCGAAGAUGACCUGAAAAAGAAACAGCUCAUGGAACUGGCGAUCAUCAACGGAACGUAUCGAGACAAUUCGAAUGGAAAAAUGGCCGCAGCAAACGGGUUAAAUCGGUUAACGAUGCCCGGUCUUCUUCAGUCGACGAACCCAGCAUUCCGUCUUCCAAAUCUCAUGACGCCCAUGGCUUGCGCUCCUGGCCUUAUGAAUACCUCAAUCCUUCGCCCACCCAUUUCGAUCAAUAGCAGCAUGCAAAACAUCGAGCAGCCGACAUUAUAUUAUGCACCUAUGGUUACGGGCUGGUCAAUCUGCGGCGGCAGCUUUUCCUAA